AUGUUAAAAAGGUUACCGACACUUUUGUCUGGUAAGGCCUUCGCAGUUUUUGAGCGUCUCGCAGCAGAGGCCAAAGAAGAUUAUAAAACCCUUACGAAAGCUUUAACGGCGGCGUUUGGCGGAGAUACAAUGGGCAAACAUCUUGCAAUGAUGGCGUUUCGCAGUCGAACGAGAAAGCCAGACGAAGACAUACAAGUGUUCGCCUACAAUUUAGAGGCACUAUUAAGGCGCGCAAUGCCAAAAAGCGAAAACGGAGACAGAGAUGUCCUGCUCCAGCAACAAUUUAUCGAAAGAGUACCCACAGAACUAAAAAGGGAACUAUUACAACGACCAAGCAUGUCCUAUGAAGAAAUGGUUGCGGUUGCCCAGCAACUAGAUUUAGCGAGUCAAAUUUCAUCACACCAAACCGGGAGUCAAGUCAACCUGGCGAGUGCGAGUGACAAUUUGCAGACAACAACGAGGGAUCAGCCCUUGGUUGCGCAGUUGAUGGAAAAUGUAGAAACACUUACCAGGAAGGUUAGUGAAUUAUCUGUAUCUGUCGCCAAUGUCAACGCCACGUCAGCGCAAAAUUCUACUCGGGGAAGACGGGGGCCUUGCUAUCAAUUAAAGGCUGCCUAGUAUUCAUGGAUGACAUUAUUAUUUUCUCGGAUACCGGGGAGGAACGUCAACGCAUUUUGGACGAAGUAUUUCGUCGUAUUCGGGCAGCAGGGUUGAAGAUCAAGCGCGACAAGUGCCAAUUUGCACAAGAAUCGGUGAAAUUCCUUGGCCACAUUGUAUCUGCACGGGGAACAGAACCAGAUUCGUCCAAAGUUGAGGCCGUGCGAGAAUUUGCGAUCCCGACCUCUCUCACCGAUGUUCGAGCGUUCGUUGGGAUGGCAUCAUACUAUAGACGGUUUAUUAAGAACUUUGCGGACAUCGCUGCACCGCUCCACGACCUAACCAAGGGUGGACAACUGGAAUUUUGUUGGACACCUGUGGCCGACAAAGCAUUUAAUGACCUCAAAAGUCGUCUGUGUUCAGCACCUAUCUUGUCCCUACCAGACUUCUCCGUUCCUUUCACCAUUUAUACGGAUGCCAGUGAUUUCGGCCUCGGCGCUGUCUUGUCCCAGCGAAGAGGUGAAAACGAGUACGUGAUCGCGUAUGCCAGCCGGACCCUUACGUCUGCAGAGAAAAAUUACUCAACCACGGAGAAAGAGUGUCUAGCCAUUGUUUGGACAGUCAAUUAUUGGCGGCCAUAUUUACUCGGAACACCUUUGACAUAGUGACAGACCAUCAAAGUUUAACGUGGUUGCAAGGAUUGAAAGAACCGAAGGGUCGUCUCGCCAGGUCGAUCCUUGCCUUACAGGAGUACGAUUUCGAAAUCAAGCAUCGCCCAGG